AUGCACACUGUUUUUCGUGUCGAUGAUAUCAAACAGGCAGUCAGCAGCAAUUGUCUAUGGGAAGUUCAAUUAAGUCUCACAGGCGACAAUGAUCCACAAUUGGCUACUCUUACUGAACGCAUAAAAGGGGAACUCUUUGGAUCCACAGGAUGGCAUCGAUUGGGUGAUCUAAUGCUCAAAGUGGGUCACUUAAAUCAAGCUGAAGAACUUUACAAUGAACUACUGAACAACUCGUCCAGCGACAGUGAUAGAGCACAUAUAUAUCAUAUGCUUGGGUUUUUGAAAGACGAUCAAGGACAAUACAAAGAAGCAGUUUCAUUUUAUGAAAAAUCACUUGAAAUCGAGCGAAAAACUCUUCCGGAAGAUCAUUCUUCAUUGGAUUCUACCUACAACAACAUCGGUGCAGCGUAUGACAACAUGGGUAACUACACGAAAGCACUUGAAUUUUACGACAAAUCACUUAAAAUACUCGAAAAAUCUCUGCCUCCGAAUCAUCCCAAUUUGGCUAGUUCCUACAACAACAUCGGUGGAGUGUAUGACAACAUGGGUAACUACUCGAAAGCACUUGAAUUUUACGAUAAAGCACUUAAAAUCUACGAAAAAUCUCUGCCUCCGAAUCAUCCCUUAUUGGCUACUUCCUACAACAACAUCGGUGGAGUGUAUGCCAACAUGGGUAACUACUCGAAAGCACUUGAAUUUUACGACAAAUCACAUAAAAUCUACGAAAAAUCUCUGCCUCCAAAUCAUCCCUUAUUGGCUACUUCCUACAACAACAUCGGUACAGUGUAUAGAAACAUGGGUAACUACUCGAAAGCACUUGAAUUUUACGACAAAUCACA